ACAGCUGAUUAUAGUAUUAAUUGUAGGAUUAUAGGAUGAUAGCAGGAUAUGUUCACGUUGCAUUAUUAAGUUAUAAUGCUUAAAAAUGCACAAAUUUUACUGUCAAAUACAAAGCUUGUGUGUUGCUCCUGUAAGCAGUUGUCUUGCACGGCUGCUGGAGGUAUCCUAAAUUAUGCACAAAGAGCUUUUUUCACUUUCAGUGAUCUGACGAAUAAAAAUCGGGAAUAUGUUAAAAAAGAAUUAAUAGGCUAUUCAAUGCAUGAAAUGUACGCUGUUGUUUCUGACGUUUCCAAUUACUAUAAAUUUGUACCAUAUGUCAAAAAAUCCCUUGUACAUAGUCAAAGAAAUGGCGGUUUCAAAGCUGAUCUUAUAGUUGGUUUUCCACCACUUAGCGAGCGGUAUACGUCGAAUGUUUCGCUUAGUGCUCCUAAUCUGGUUAAAUCAGUAUGUCAUGAUGGCAGAUUAUUCAACUUUUUAUUAAACGAUUGGCGAUUUAGUCCCGGCCUUAAGGAUAUUCCUCAAUCAUGUGUUGUUGAUUUUAAAGUAGCUUUUGAAUUUAAAUCCCGGAUUCACAGUAAUAUUGCGAAUAUAUUUUUCGAUUUAAUUUGUGAUCAAAUGGAGCAUGCUUUUGUCGCGGAAGCCAAAAGGAGAUAUGGACCACCUUCGAUUAAAUCGCAUAUUUUAUCAUGGCGAAGAUCCUGACAAAUGCUGAGUAAAACAAAAUAAAUAUAAGCUUAAUUUUAUUCAAGAGUUUUUAUGUCAUUAUUGCAUUAAUUUUUUUAAAGAUUAAUGAAAGCAAUGUAUACAUUUGCUACUGUACAAUUGUAAGAUUAAAUAAAUAGUGUUUGAACUAUCUACCAUA